GGUUGGCGGGAUAUGACAAGGAGUUACAUAGCUCCGUUGGCUAACACCGGUGGGUGUAUGUUGUGUACAGGAUAUAGAAGUACGGUCAUUCACUAUAAAUAGGAGUUUACAAUACAACUAUACUAUAAUCCACCAUUUUGACAGUGGAGUUGCCAAGAAGGAGGUUAUCGCUCAGGGGUAGUGGUAUUAUACUAAUUCAAGAUUAAGCGAUCUGGUUCUCCCUCGAUCUACUCAACUCCAGCAAAGAUGCCCCCCGUGGGCACUGAUGGCCUCAAGGCAGAGGUCAUGGACAAGGUCACCAAAAACAAGGUCAUGAUCUUCAGCAAGACUACCUGUCCUUUUUGUGCCAAGGUGAAAGAGAUGUUCAAGUCUAUAAACCAGGAUUAUGGAGUGACAGAGUUGGAUAAGAUAGCCAAUGGGGCAGACAUACAGAAUACACUGCUGGAAGUUACUGGACAAAAAACAGUGCCAAAUGUAUUCAUCAAUGGUAAACACCUUGGUGGUUGUGACGACACAUUGAAAGCACACAAGAACGGAAGCUUACAAGCUAUGCUACAAGAUGCCACAAACUAUGACUAUGAUCUGAUAGUGAUAGGAGGAGGCUCCGGGGGUUUGGCUGCAUCAAAGGAGGCUGCCUCUCUUGGAAAGACUGUUGCUGUGUUUGACUUUGUCCAGCCAACACCCACAGGGACAACAUGGGGUCUCGGUGGCACCUGUGUUAAUGUCGGCUGUAUACCCAAAAAGUUGAUGCACCAAGCUGCUAUUCUUGGUCAUGGUUUGGCAGAUGCAAAGCAUUUUGGAUGGAAUGUCCCAGAAAAUGUACAACACAAUUGGGAGACCAUGAGAAAUGCCAUUCAGGAUUACAUCGGUUCUCUGAAUUGGGGAUAUAGAGUCCAGCUCCGUGAUAAAAAAGUUGACUACCAGAAUGCCUAUGCUGAGUUUGUUGAUAAGCAUACAAUCAAGGCAGUUAAUAAGAAGGGCAAGGAGGUGACAAAGACAGCAAGAGAUUUUAUAGUAGCUGUAGGAGAAAGACCGCGUUACCCAGAUAUACCAGGAGCAAAGGAGUAUGGUAUCACCAGUGAUGACCUGUUCUCCUUGAACUAUUGUCCUGGUAAAACCCUGUUAGUUGGAGCAUCCUACGUAUCGCUCGAGUGUGGGGGGUUCCUCCAUGGUAUUGGACUGGAUGUCACGGUAAUGGUGCGGUCUAUUCUGCUGCGAGGCUUUGAUCAACAGAUGGCUAACAAGAUUGGAGAGUACAUGGAGGCCAAUGGUAUCAACUUUGUCCGUCCAUGUGUCCCGACCAAGAUAGAGAAACUUGAGGAUGGUCAGCCAGGGAAGUACAAGGUGUACGGCAAAUACUCUGAUGGGACGGAGUAUAGUGAUACUUUUAACACUGUGAUAUUUGCCAUUGGCAGAGAUCCUGUCACAAGCAGUAUAGGGUUGGACAAAGUGGGAGUCAACCUCAACAAGAACGGUAAAGUUGUUGCUGAUGAGGCUGAAGCAACGAAUGUAUCCAACAUCUAUGCAAUCGGUGACAUCCUGGAGGACAAACUAGAGCUCACACCAGUAGCUAUACAGGCAGGCAAAUACCUGGCCCGUCGUCUCUACGACAACAGCAAAGUUCUGACGGACUAUGUCAAUGUGGCUACGACAGUUUUUACACCUCUUGAGUAUGGCGCCAUAGGCUAUUCUGAAGAGGCUGCAAUAGAGAAGUUUGGGGAGGCCAAUAUAGAGGUGUACCACACUAACUUUUGGCCACUGGAGUGGACUGUGGCUAAGAGAGAAGAAAAUAUCUGUUAUGCCAAAAUUAUCUGUCACAUUCCCGACAAGGAGAGAGUGGUUGGAUUCCAUGUUUGUGGGCCAAAUGCAGGGGAGAUAACUCAGGGCUAUGCACUGGGAAUGAAACUUGGUGCCACGAAAAAAGACUUUGAUGACACAAUAGGGAUACAUCCUACCUGUUCAGAACAAUUCACCACCUUGAACGUGACAAAGAGGAGUGGCAAGUUGGUGAACCAGUCUGGUUGCUGAGGUUAGACCCUGCUGCUGUCCACCUUAACACUAGACCCAGAAGUUCUCUCUAAACUCGCAUCAGAUUUCAACGGAGAGUGCUGCCAUCUACCUGUGAAUAUGGAAUCAUGGAUAAGUUGGAUGUGCAUUAAAUGUUUGUUAAACAGCUACUUAAUCAAUUUGGAUCUUGUGACAUUUUUUGGAACAGAUUUCUGCAAAGAGAUUUUUAAUUGGACAUCAUAAGAAACAACACGUGGAUAUGAAAAAUGUCAAUUCUAUAUCAUAGAUGAACUGCAAGAUUUUGACUCUUUAUAAGUACCUUUUGCCAUGAUCCGUUGGAUAAUUGAUGUGAUUGAGCUACCUGGGUAGUGUUUUGACAGCAGCAGGGUUCGUCCAGAGUAGUACUUGCCAGUAGUGUACUUGUGUGGUACAUGGAUGACGGACAAGUCCACAAUCCUGAAUUUGGACGGAUUUGACCUGAGAAUACUGGCCAGUACCGCUCAAACAAUUUAUUUGUACUAGAAAAUUCCUUUUCAAUAUUUUUGCAUACAUAUGUAGAUGUGACAAAGGAAAUAUGUAGGAGUUGGUUUUGUAUAUUGAAAAUUAUGAACAUUUGAUGUAAGAAAAGAUAAUAGUAGCAUUCCUUACUUUAAUCAGGGAAUCGUAAAGAUUUGUUGAAGUUUUUCCAAAUAAUUCUGCAUAUUGCAGGUGAAGUUUGUUUGUUACAUGACCUUGAAUCUUUUUAUAGAAAUAUCAGUAUUAGAUCAGAUAAGGUUCCAGACACGGUUUUGUUUGAUGAGGAGUUACUACAAGUUAUAUCACAAAUUUAAACAAAAAGGUUAAAAGAUUAGACCAAUGCUAAAUUUGUGGGAGGUAUCGGCCUACAGUCCGUUACCAUAUUGAAACAUAUCAAAGUGCAACUGAACCCUUUUUUACCUGUCUGUUUGCAUAAGAGGAAUCUACUUGGAAACAAUCAUUAAUAGAACCAUGUAUAUAUGUCUGUAUCUCGCCUUAUGAAGUGCUAUUAUAUCAAUAAAACCAAUCAUAGCCGACAUUGUAAAUAAUCUGUAUAACAGUAUCAAACACGGUAGAAAGUCAACUCUCCAAACCUUGGUUAUCCAACCUGUAUUAAAUCCUAGUCAUUCUUUAAUAUCAUUUAUUUUGAUACCAUUUGAUUAGGAAUAGGAACAGUCAGAUCCCGUAUUCCUCUAUCAAGUCUUGAUAAUUGGCUUUCUGUUGUACAUUUUUUUUAAAUAUAUGAAAAAUAAGUUUUGAAGAAUCAAGGAAUUGGAAUUUGAAAGAUACCUACGUUGGAUACCUUAUUUAGGUAUACCAAAGUUGGAUAACCCAAGUUGGAUACUUGAUUUGGGAUACCCAAGCUGGAUACCUAUUUUUUGGGUACCCGAGUCUGAUACCUAAUUUAGGAGACCCAAGAUGAAUAUCUAAUUUGGGAUAUCUAAGUUGGAUACCUAAUUUGGGAUUGCUAUCAGUAUCACUGAUAUAACCCCCAGUAAUUCACCAUCUCUAUCAUUUAUACUGUCUCUGUCCAGUGUUAGUUGGUUGUGAAUAAACUUUUGUUAAAAUUUGACCUGCAAGUGAAAUAAAUAUUUCAAUGAUA